AAACCCCUGUUGUACAACAGAACCAAUAAUGUCGCAUAUAUGUGAGCUUGUGUAUUUUAGUUUUGAAGAUUACAGCGCCGGUAAAGCGGAAGUCUUCUCUCCAGUGUGAAAACUUGACGAACGCCGUCGUGAUUGGACGACUAGCUUUCUGCUCAAGUCUGACCAAUCAGUGAACAGACUGUGCCUAUAAGUAGACGACGCUCGCUUUCAUUAAACUACUUGCGUUUUUUCAGAGGUAGGAUCAACUUCAAUUGAAAAAGAAAAUGUCUGGACGUGGAAAGACCGGCGGCAAAGCCAGAGCUAAGGCCAAGACCCGCUCAUCCCGUGCAGGGCUCCAGUUCCCAGUGGGCCGUGUUCACAGGCUGCUGAGGAAAGGAAACUACGCCGAGCGCGUCGGCGCCGGAGCUCCAGUCUAUCUGGCGGCGGUGCUCGAGUAUCUGACCGCUGAGAUCCUGGAGCUGGCUGGAAACGCUGCCCGCGAUAACAAGAAGACCAGGAUCAUCCCCCGUCACCUGCAGCUGGCCGUCCGCAACGACGAGGAGCUCAACAAACUGCUGGGUGGAGUCACCAUCGCUCAGGGUGGUGUUCUCCCCAACAUCCAGGCUGUCCUGCUGCCCAAGAAAACCGAGAAAGCAGCCAAGGCCAAGUAAACCGUUACAGUUUCAAAACUACAAACCCAACGGCUCUUUUAAGAGCCACCCACAUCUAUCUGAAGAGUCAAAUUCUGAAAGUACUUUAAAGUAUAUUUUAAGUUUGAAUUAAAGUGAGGAAGUAAACAAGAGUCAUUGAGAAAAUUUUACUUGAGAUAUUCUUUAUAAAGAAAACUAUGAGUGUAAUGUCUGAAAAGAAUGUGUGGGAGACAAAAUUUCUGUUAAUAAAAGCACACAUUAUAGGGAAACCAAUAUAGACUUUAGUUCAGAUGCAUUCACAUAUAAAAGUGGCAAAUGGAUCACUUGAGGUGUGGGGUUCUGAAUUAUUCUUUACCUUGACAGGUUAAUGUAAUGUGAAAGCCUUUAGGGCAUAACGGUUUGCUAUACUUCCCGCCUGUGGUUUGGGUCUAUUAACUCCUACUUUUGCAAA